AUGUCAACAGCCCUUCCUUCUACAGCUGGCACUCCACAGCCUUCUGGUUUGCACAGCCAAGUACCAGCUAGUCCUGCACAAGCCUUUGCACAAGCACAGUUACAGCACCAGCAAAUACAAGCUCAAAAUAUGUUUAGACAAAAGCAAUUGAUGGCCCAAAAGCAUCAGCAGCAACAACAAAUGCAAAACAUGCAACAGCAACACCAAUUGUUUCAGCAGCAGCCUCAGCUACUACAGCAACAAAAGCAACAACAGCAAAUGCAACAACAAUUACACCAUCAGCAUUUGUUACAACAGCAGCAGCAGCACCACCACCAGCAGCAAUUAUUGCACCAGCAACAACAACAAAUGCAGCAACAGUUGCCACAGCAACAAACCCCUCAACAGCCAAAUACACCUCAAAGAACACCUCAAAUGCAGCAACAACAACAACAACCUACUCCACGCACUGGCACAAUGCAGCCAUCCACGCCCAUUAUGGUGUCCCAAGGGUCUCCUGCACCAGUCAUGAAUAAGAUGAACGCUGUCGUUGGUGCACAACAGAGUCAAACAAGUGGACAGGCAGUACUUCGCCUACUGCAAUUUGCUGAGCAAUUAAGCCCAGGCCAAGAAGAGGCUGUAGAUCGUUUAUUUUGGGAUCAUUUCGUUCAGAAUUUCUUUACGAUACAAGGCACGCUCAAAUUGGGAUUAACAAAUGUCGUUGAUAAUGACCAAAAGGACUAUGAGGUGAACCAGAGCUUACUGGCAAACUUCUUUCACACUCAGUACAUGUGCGGAGUGGUUUCGAUCCAAAUGACUCUGGACAAGACCAUGGAAUACAUCUUACCUGGAGGCAUUAUGUAUGUGCAAUGUCCUCGAGCAAGUCUGAUUAAUCGAUACAAGAAUGGCACUUUGGUUGUUUCAACAGGACCCUUAUGGGUUCAAUUUGUAAUAACAGCCAAUGGAGAAUGGAAAAUAGGACAUAUGGACUUUUCAUGUCAAGGCCACGAAGAAUUCGUAACGAGAUCAACUAUCAAAACCGAACCAGUUCCCAAUUCAAAGAAAAAGAUACCACCACAUCAGUCGGUUAUACCCGAAUCUCCAAUCAAUAAUUGGGGAUUACCUCCUCGCGUAUAUCAUAUUUUGAAGUUUGCGGACGUGGCGCUGACAACCAGCGAGGUUGUGUUUCACUCCCUAAUAUCAGGGUCUUCAGCGAGAGAGAGCCUGGCAGCCGUCGCCUUUGAUAAACAGUCUCGGUUGAUGGUGAAGAAUGAGUAUGAAGAUAUGAAACCUCAUCCAAUGGAUACUCCAAUUGUGAGUGGAAUGGCCACUGUUGCUUCUUCUGCCGUUGGCGCUGUUGCUGCUGCUAAUUCUCCAAUUGUAAAGACACAAACUGGUCGUCCACAUCAACCAUUUACCCCACUUCAACAACAAGCUGCUUUAAGACAACAACAGCAGCAGGCUGCAAUUCAGUUUCAUCAACAACAACAGAGGCAGCAGCAGCUACAGCUACAACAGCAACAAUUACAGGGUCCUUUGACUCCUGGACAUCAUAUGGCAUACCAACAACAAUUACAAUUGCAUCAGCAGCAACAGCACCAACAGGCUCAACUACAACAUCAACAGCUACCUCCAUCUCAAUCUACACAACAACCAGCAUACCCUAAUCCAUUUCCUCCCCAAAGCCCAGUUUCACGUAAAAGAAACAGCCAAGCAAGUGAUGUAAAGUCCCCAGUGGCGAAAAAAAGAACCACAGGAGUUGCAGCAAGGAAGCAGUAA